AUGAAGUCCUUUCUUACCGCUCUUACCUUCGUCACGGCGGCUCUGGCAGCCAGCCGCACCUCCGCACCUUCUGGAUGCUUGACUGUCAAGAAGUCUGGUGGCCAAUACAGCACCAUCCAGAAGGCCCGAGCAGGUCCUCGUCCCGCGCGGACGGCUCAGCUCACCAUCUACGGAUACACGGCCGAUACGAGCAGCUACGCCGGCAACAAAGUGACCAUCACCGCCAAGAAGAGCCAGGCUGACGGCCUCGACAAUGACGGCAGCGCCACCCUCCGCAUCAAGGCCAAGAACUUCAAGCUCUACAACGUCAACGUAGCCAACACUUACGGCAAGGGCAGCCAGGCCGUGGCUCUCAGCGCCUACUCUGACAGCGCAUUCUACGCCAGCGCUUUCACCGGGUUCCAGGAUACCCUUCUUGCCCAGCAGGGUAACCAGCUUUACUCCAAGUGCCUCAUCCAGGGUGCUACGGACUUCAUCUUCGGUCAGAAGGCCAUGGCCUGGUUUGAGAAGUGCGAUCUUCGCGUUGUGGCUGCUUCUCUCGGCUAUGUCACUGCCAACGGCCGUGCCAGCUCGUCCGAUAAGUCCGAAUACGUCUUCAACAGCUGCAGCAUCGCCGCCGCCUCCGGAAACUCCGUCGCCGAUGGCGCCUACUACCUUGGCCGUCCCUGGGGCCAGUAUGCCCAGGUUGUCUUCCAGAAGACCUCCAUGACCGGCGUCAUCAACUCCGCGGGCUGGAAGCAGUGGAACGACGGCGACCCUCGCACCGCCAACGUUCUGUUCGGAGAGUACCAGAACACCGGCAUCGGAUCCCAGGGCACUCGCGCCAGCUUCUCCAAGAAGUUGAGCGCUGCCGUCACUCCCGCCAGCAUUCUGGGCAGCAGCUACACCAGCGCGGCUUACUACGACUCCGCUUACAUGUAA